ACAUGUCCUCUUCUUUUGAGGGUUUUUUGCAGCAAUGAUCGACAUCACCCCCUUAUGGAGUUCUCCAGAGGAAGCACUCCCACUAAUGAGCUCCAGAUCUACACUUGGAUGGACGCUACCCUCAAAGAAUUGACCGGCCUGGUGAAGGAAGUGAAUCCAGACGCCCGUAGGAAAGGGACCUUCUUUGACUUUGCCAUCGUGUUUCCUGACAGCCGCUCGCCUACUUUCCGGCUACGAGAGAUUGGCACAACGUGUGCUGGACGAAAGUCAAAUGACGAUACGGUGACCCUCGCUCAGAAGAAGUUUACGAUUGGGGACUACCUGGAUAUCGCUAUUUGUCCGCCGAGACAAGGAGGUGGCCCGCCCAUGGGCCGGGGGAGGCGUCCAUUUUGAAUGUGGGUCGUGUUCAAUUGAUACAAAUUAUGUCAUUGAGGAUGCUUGUGGUAUUGUGAGUUUGAUGUUUGUGUAGUUGUGUGAAUGAGAAUAUAAAGGAGUGAGAAAUAUGUUUGCCCUUGGUGGUCCCACUUUAACUUAAAUUGUGUGUAGUCUAAUCUGUAUUGCUCGCCUAUAGAUACAAGAGGGUUCAUCAGUGGUGUAGGGUGCCUCUUUUCUUAACAUUUUCUGCAUUCUUGAUAUCUCUGAUAUUCUUGUGUGUUUUAAAAGUUCGUUUACUUUGAGCUGUGAAGUUUUUGUCUCACAGGGUUUAUGGAUUUUUUGGUGGAAUUCUGAACUGGCUGUUUGGGCAACUUGAUAAUUUGGGUGUAAAUAUCAUUUUGACAUGAAAUGCGUAAAAGGGUAAUGCUUUCAUCACCUUCCCUUGAAGAAUGGGUCUGGUCCAUAUAAUGAAUGGGCAUACAGCUUUGUGGGGAAGAAAAAAUAUAAAUCGAUGGUGUUACUUUGUCCUGGUUUACGAGUACAGAUUGUUGUAAGGAUAUAUUUUCUUUAAUUAUAAAUAGUAGGUAACUAUAUUUUAUGAUUCUCUCAGUAUUGGGCAAAAAUUUUAAAAGGCAUGAGUACAGGUUAUGUAGUUUAUUGUGGAAAGAAAAUAGAAGUGAAUGUACAAAUGCAACAUGGCAUGUAGUGGAAGAGUGAAAGUGGCUUCUGUGGUGAUGAAUUUAGCUAAAACUAAAAUCGUCAUAUGUUGAAUGGUUGAAAAGUAUGUGUGUAAUUGUUCAUGCUACACUGUAUAUUUUCAUUAAAAUCAGAACCUUGGUGUUAAUUUUC